GAAGUGCGCAUGCGCCGAACACCUCAGAAUCUAUAACGUGGCGAAGAUACCCCCGAGAAUCCUGAAGAGAUAAGAUUAUCAAAUAUCUUGUUUUUGCUUGAUUUCAAAACAGUUUGAGAGGUUAUCUUUUCAGAACCCCGAUUAACAACUUAGGAUGUCUUCCUCCGGAGAUUUCAGCAAUCCUUUGAGGAAAUUCAAGCUUGUUUUCCUUGGCGAGCAGAGUGUUGGGAAGACUUCACUAAUCACAAGAUUUAUGUACGACAGUUUUGAUAACACAUACCAGGCUACCAUAGGUAUAGAUUUCCUGUCAAAGACUAUGUACCUAGAGGAUCGUACUGUCAGACUACAGCUAUGGGAUACGGCUGGUCAAGAAAGGUUCCGCAGUCUCAUUCCAAGCUACAUUAGGGAUUCUACCGUUGCAGUUGUAGUCUAUGAUAUCACAAAUGCCAACUCUUUCCACCAGACAUCAAAAUGGAUAGACGAUGUCCGUACUGAAAGAGGGAGUGAUGUCAUUAUAAUGCUUGUAGGCAACAAAACUGAUUUAGCUGACAAAAGGCAAGUUUCAAUAGACGAAGGUGAACGCAAAGCCAAGGAACUAAAUGUAAUGUUCAUAGAAACUAGUGCAAAGGCAGGCUACAAUGUAAAACAAUUGUUCAGACGAGUAGCAGCAGCUUUACCGGGUAUGGAAUCAGCAGACCAAACUAAACCAGCUGGCGACAUUCCUGUAACUCUCCACCAGAAGGAACCUGAGAACGACUACCAACAAGACGAAGCCGGCUGCUACUGCUGAAAGGCCUCCAUCUUGAACAUAAAUAAUAUUUACCAAAAAAAAAUACCCCCACUAUUCUUGCAUGUUGAUAACACCACUGUCAUGUCACUCUAAAAAUAAAUGGUAAAAUAUCAGUCUAAAAUUAAUUUCAACAAAUUGAAAUGCUUGUGCUAUAUUUGGAUAUGAGAUGAGUGCUGCCCCUCUGUGGCAAAAUGGACCAAGAUCCCCUCUUUGUUUUUUAACAUUGCAGCACAAUUUGUCGCUGAAUCAUUUCUGCUAUCAUAUUUUUUUCUCUGAAUGAUGGUCACAAUUUUCCGUCUGAUCCAAAGCCUUGCAAGUUAUCAUGGUCAUUGUCAUUGAUCAAGUAUUUUGUUCAGAUUCAUUGAUGGUACUAAAACGAUCUCUGUUGUUCAAUUUCUUUGGUUCUCAAAUCAAGUUCAAUGCUUUUUGAAAGGUUAUGUUGAAACAAGAAGGCCAGUGCAACUUAUCGUAAAUUAUUUCGAGGUGUGUGACUAUUUUAAUCCAAUUAUUCCAUCAUAUGUAUAUUUUAAUCCUUAAACCAAGUGCAGGACCAUUGAUCAUAAACAUUACAGCUCAAAAUUAACAGAAAUUAUAAGGUAGCUAUUAAACACUUGGAAAACUGUUUGCCCCAACAGAUCAUAUUACAAUUUAGAAUAUGAUAAUUAUUAAGGGAUACUUUCAAAUGGUUUUAUAAUAGCUGUGAAUUUAAUAGUUUAUUUCUUAAACCUGCAAUAAAUGUAUGAUAUUGAUGAUUUUUAUUCUUUUAUUGUAUAACAAAGUGAUCCCUUCAAAGUCUCAACAUCUGACAAUUUGAUAAAUAUCUUUACUUUAAGGAUGAUCAGCUGGUGGUAUCAGACAUAUUUUCUAUGGCCAAUCAUUUUGAUACUCGUGGCUGACUUUCAUUGAAACUCAAAUAACACGAUAGGUCUCCAAAACACCAACACUUGCAAUUAUUUAAAGAAUUGGAGUGACCAAUUGGGAUUGCUGUUACAUACACGUUUGGUUCAAAAUACUGGGUAGUAACCAAUCAAAACAGUCUUUUCAAAUUAGCCAUUGAGUCACUCGGGCAUAUAUCAAAAUUACUGAAAAUGAAGAGUUGUAGAGUUUUCCAAAAGUGAAUAAAAGCAUGAUUCUGUGGAGAAAAAAAAACUGCACAAGAUAAUAUUAAGGAAAUUAUGCCCUGGCUGUUUUUUGAUACUUAAACGAUUGCAUUAAUGUUGGUUUGAAAUUUCAUAUUCCAAAUUGUUCACAACUGUUCUUUUCAUUGGUUUGAAAUGCAUUUCUUCCAAAGUGAAUAAUGUGAUAUGAAAUAAUCAUUGUCUAAUAGAUGACAAUACUGUACGUCCAUGCAUAGAGCUGCCUUUAUUGUUUUAUUUGGUCUGUUUGUUUGAUUUGAUGGAUUACAAAAUAUGUUCUCUCACUAAAAGAAAUUGUAGUUUAUAUAUUUCAUCGCAAUUGACAGAGAUAGCAGAAAUUGAGCAAAGACAAAAGCAAUGGUGUUGGAAGCAAUUUCUUUGAAAUAAUUUGUAUUGUUUUCUCCAUUUCCAUUUUUAAACUAUGUCAGAUGUACAAAUGUAUGCAAAAAGCUGUUUUUUGAUCUCAUAUGCAUUGUACAUAUUUCAUUUUGGAUAUAUGUUUUCAAUAACCAAAUGCUCUGUAAUUAUUUGUAUUUAAUAUGUUUACUGUACAGAAUAUAUGUGUUUAUUUGUAUUUUAGAAAGCAUUAAUUUAGAUAGUGAAUGUAAAUGCAUCAGGCCUUGUAAUGCGGCAUUUGUGAGGAAGGAGGAAUUGAAAUGCUUUAUUUGAGCGACACACAACCGUUGUUAAAUACAUGUACUUGUUCUCCAAUGCCAUUUGUGCAACCUCAGCUAAAUCUCCAUAUUCAUCAAGCCCAAUUUGCAAGCUCCAACUAUCAAAGACAGAUAUGUAAAGUAA